UAAAUCCACUUCUGCCUUGCCUUCCCUCUACCAAACAGUCUCACCUAACUCCCAUCUCACCACUUCUGUGAAAGAACUGAAGCUUUCUUGGAUUCAGCAAAUUAAAUUCUGCAGCAAUGGAAAAUAAUCGUUUGUUUGAUGGUCUCGUUUCAAACCUAACGGUCUUCACUCUUGGUAGAUGAUGGUCCCGUCUCCCAUCCUGGAAAGUAGAUGUAUUUGCCAUCCGUCUCUGUUUCUUUCUCUACUGGUUUUGCAACACAGAACGCUUUAAUUCCUUCUCCCACUCCUGAACCUUGACCACGCAAAGAUUUAUGCAAAUAAUUACUGCUCGCCAGUGCUUGUUUCCGUAUGUUUGUAGUGGGAAGGAUUUGCAGGUUGAUUAGAAAUGCAAGAUGCGAAGAGUAGUCAGAUCUCGAAACCAGUGGCGUCGAGGCCUUCUCGCGGCUUUAAGUCCAUCCCUGAGCUCCCGACGAGUUCUUCUGCGUCCCUUGCUGAAAAACCAAUCGCCAGUAAACCAAAAGCUACCAGAUUUAGAGCUGCAUCCAGUGACUCGGCAGCCAUAGCCGUCUCGCUGAUGGAUGAUGAUACGUCGGCAACGGAGAUGACGAGAACAAAUAUCCUGGUCAAGCCCACGGCAAAAUCGGUUUCCCGUGCCACUGCUUCUCUCUUGUCGAGCCUGGGAAACACUGAUUCCGCUCAGCAACCACCAGUUGCGAACGACCAAUUUGUGGAGCAAGAAUUGAAGCAGACGUUAGAGGCCUCAAACUCGAUGCGACAGAGCCAAGAACUCGACGCGAGAAUUCAACAGCCGGCAGGGCAAGAUCGGCAAUCGUACGAUGGCUAUAACUGGAGAAAGUAUGGGCAAAAGCAGGUGAAAGGCAGCGAGUAUCCGCGAAGCUACUACAAGUGCACAUAUCCCACAUGCCAAGUCAAAAAGAAAGUCGAGAGGUCGUUUGACGGGCAGAUCGCCGAGAUUGUGUACAAGGGCGAGCACAACCACCCGAAGCCUCAGCCUCAGCCUCAGCCUCCAAGGCGAGUUGCGCCGGGUUUACAAGAGCAGGCUUUUGCUGCCGUCGCCGCCGACGAGAACAGUAGAGAGAUUGGUAAUCUGUCAUGGAGCAGCUCCCUGUUGGAGGUCAACCCCAAGGAAUUGUCCAUGGCACCGAACUUCUGUGCGCAGGUCUGCACAAUUCCAACGAGUACGGGAGCAAUGGAUAAUUGCAUGCUGCGUGAUUGCAAGAGAAGGAAGAAUGAAGAACCAAUUAGUGGUACAAAUAGAGUUGGAGAAACUUUUACAGAGCCUCAAUCGUUGAUUCAAACCUCUGCAGAAUCUAACAUCUCCGGAGAUGGCUAUCACUGGAGAAAAUAUGGACAAAAAGUAGUGAAAGGCAAUAGUUAUCCGAGAAGUUAUUACAAAUGCACAGCCCCAAAGUGCAAUGUGCGCAAGUAUACCGAGAGGGCUUCGGAUAAUUCCAACUAUAUCGUGACGACAUACGAGGGAAAGCAUGAUCACGAGAUGCCAAUGAAGAGGACCAAUUCGGUUGUGACUAACACUGAAACACCGCCUUCUUGAGGAGGAUCAAUUUGAAGCAUACAUCAUUUACAAGGAAAAGAAAGCAAUUAUUUCAAAAUAUUCUGAAAAGACAAAAGAGGUUAUUGGACAUAGAGAAGGAGCUUAAUCAUCCCUAAGCACCACUUGAAGGAGGAGUGUCUAUCUUCCUUCGCAUUAUAUUAUCUCAAUGUACAAAUUUUUGAUGCAUUGCAUUGUUCGUGGAUUCGCAAACGUUUGGUAUUUAUAAUCACCGGAAAAAAUAAUAAAGUAUUG